AUGUCUAAACAUACAUUGACAGGUGAAUCGGAAUUGGUCGCUGAACAACAUGAAGUCAAGCGUACUAAGAUUUCUGAUGGUAUUAACGAUGGUUUGAAUAAUGGUAAUAUCACUGAGGAAGACGUUGGUAUCACAAAAUACCUCAACAAUGAUAGCUCCGGUUUCAAGGGUCAAAUUAAGCAAAGGUACACUGAUUUUCUUGUUAAUGAAAUCACGAAAAAGGGUGAAGUUGUACAUCUAACGGACAAAGGGUUUAAUAUGCCAAAAAAGCCUAAGCCAACUAAGGAACAAAUCGAACAGUCUCAAAAAGAGGAACAUGAAAGAAGACAGAACUUCAAGGUCGAUUCUGAGAUAAGAAAUGAGUUGGUAGCUUUGCUAGAAGAAGAAAACGUCCAAAAGAUUGAAGAGGUCUAUCGUACUGGUAAGCAAAUUGAAAUACCAAAGGUAUUUGAAGACAAAUUGGAAAGAACUAAGAUUCAUCAAUUGUUACGUAAAGGUUUUGAAAAUAAGUUAGAAUCUGUUACCACUGCUGACAACCAGUUUAUUAUUGGUAUGGCAACUCGUCAAACGCGUGUCAGCAAACAAGAACUAAUCGAACAAACUAAGGACAAGAAUGGAGUUGAGAAUUGGGGAUACGGUCCAUCGAAAUCGUAUAUUCACUUCACCGUGUACAAGGAAAACAAGGAUACUAUGGAUGUUGCUAAUAUUUUGUCAAAGUAUAUGAGAAUUCCAACAAGAUUAAUUAGAUUUUCCGGAACCAAGGAUCGUAGGGCUGUUACGUGUCAAAGAAUGUCAAUCUCUAAGAUUGGACUCGAUAGGCUAAACGGCUUAAACAAAGGUCUUAAGGGAAUUGUCUUGGGUGGCUACAAAUAUGAAGAUGAACCUUUAAAUUUGGGGGAUUUGCAAGGUAAUGAAUUUACUAUUGCUAUCAGAGAUGUUACUUUGAAAAACGAAUCUGAUGAUUUAGAGUCAAUUCUAUCUACCGGUGUAAAGUCUUUGCAAGAAAAUGGGUUCAUCAACUACUUUGGGAUGCAAAGAUUUGGUACUUUCAGUGUAUCAACGCAUCAAAUCGGUCAGGCUUUACUUUCUGGUAAUUGGAAGCAAGCUGCAGAUCUAAUUUUGGCUGAGCAAGAAAACGUGUUACCUGCAUCCAAAGACGCUAGAAGAAUAUGGGCAGAAUCCAGGAACCCUAUUGCAGCUUCUAGGGCAAUGCCACGUCAGUGCUUGGCAGAAAAUGCAAUUCUAAACGCCUUAUGUAACGAGGAAAAGGAUGACUCUACCCAAGAUUACACGAUGGCUUCUUACCACAAUGCUAUUCUAAAAAUUCCAAGAAACUUGAGAACUAUGUAUGUGCACGCUUACCAGAGCUACAUUUGGAAUAAAAUUGCCAGUAAAAGGAUUGGGCUAUUCGGCUUAGAAGUUGUAGAAGGUGAUUUGAUCGUUGAUGGUUCAGAAGAUGUUGCUUCUGUUAAACAAAGCGAGCAAGAAGAUGAAGAUUUCGACGAAGAUCUACGUGAGUCCAAAUUUAUUCGUGCUAGACCUGUUACUGCUGAAGAAGUUGCAUCUAAGAAGUUCACUAUGGAGGACAUUGUGCUACCUACCCCUGGAUUCGAUAUUUUAUAUCCAAAUAACGAAAAGUUACGUCAAUUGUAUGUUGACAUCAUGGCUAAGGAUAACAUGGAUCCAUUUGAUAUGAAAAGAAAGGUUAGAGAUUUUUCUCUUGCUGGUUCUUACAGACAUGUCAUCCACAAGCCAACGGACAUUGAAUUUAAGGUUGUUUCCUAUGAAAAUCCAACAGAUCAACUAAUCAAUACCGACUUAGAAAUACUAAAUGCAAACAGAGGAAAAGACAAUGGGCAAACUUACAUGAAGGCAAAACUUGAAAGAUACAUGAAGGUCAAGGAAGGAAGCAAGAAGGCUGUUAUCGUAAAAUUCAAACUUGGUGUAUCUGCAUACGCAACUAUGGUUCUCCGUGAAUUAAUGAAGUUGGAAACAUCCCGUCGUGGUGAUAUGUGUAAUGUUAGUGCAUGA